AUGACCAAAAAUAUUCGAACAAUUUUAAAGCCAUUUCUAAUAAUCAGUUAUGUGUUUGGUUUAAGAAUUGCUGAUUUACCUAUAAAUCGCACAAAAUUAUGGAUUAGUUUUCUAUAUAUGCUGCUAAUUUGGAUAGUAUACUAUUGUCUUUUAAUAUCUCCACUAGUAUAUUCUGUUCAAAAAUCGUAUUCAAUUGAGUACCACAUAUGCUAUUAUAUGGAAAUACUUAUAAGCUUAUUAUCAAUCAUGUUCGGUGUUUACAAUCAUAAGAAAUUCCAGAAUUGUCUGAAGAAACUCGAUAUUAUUGACAAUACGUUACUUGAACUCGGAACAGUGACAGAUUAUGACAAGUUACGUAAAAAAAUACUGUGGCAUAUCUUAGGAUGGUUCAUAAUAGUCAUAUUAAUGAAUAGUGUAACGGCACUAUCCGUAAAUGUUGAACAUGAUUGUGACAUUUUGACUGCUAUAAUUGUCGUCUUUAUACGAAAUUAUUCUUACCAUGUUAAUGUUAUCGGUUAUUUGACUACUACAAAUAUUCUUGGAUACAUUGGAUUAAAAUUUGAUCAAAUUAAUAAACAUCUUCAGAAUUUGACGACAGAUAACGAUCAUAAAAUAAAACAAGUUCGGGAAAACCUCAUAAGACAUUCCUAUCGAUGCCGGUUUUUGAAAACUUUAAAUACUAAACGUACCAUAUGGAUCAUUAGACAUCUUCACUUAGAGUUACGCAAAGUAUCCUACGAGAUAGAUUCUAUAUUCGUAACAGAUAUGUCUUUCAAAAUGGGAUCCUAUUUUGGUUGGAUAAUAUUCCUUAUUCGCGAAACUUUCUGUGCACUUAUCGGCAAUUUAAAAUAUGAUAAAAUAUUGUAUGCAGCAACGAACGUAAUAUGGAUUUCUCAUAACAUUUUUAAAUUUCUGCUCGUUAAUUAUAUGUGCGAAACAGUUAGCACCAAGGCAAAUGCAACAGGACAUUUACUAAAUAAAUUAUUAUAUUCCACUUAUGAUGAUGAAGUCCGUGAAGUCAUUUCACAGUUUUCAUUACAAAUGGUAUUUAUGCCACUUAGAUUCUACGGAAUAGGACUUUUCCAAUUUGGUUUCAAAUAUCUUCAUAGAUUUAUCAUGUCAAUUGUGACCGUUUUAGUUAUAGUAAUUCAAGCGCGCGAAGAUAAGUAAACAUAAUUAUCAAAUUAUAACAGUUCAUAAAAUUAGUUUAUGUUAUAAUAGUUUAGACUUUAGGGCAACGAACAGUUUAUGAAAUGCAUUAUAUU